AUGGGUGCUAUUGCACUCUUGGGAGCGUCUGGGGUAUCCGGAUUUGCUGUCAACCCCAAGUUGCAGGCUCGAUCAUCAAAGUCGACCAAACUGUUCGGCAUUCGCUGUGAAAAUAAAUAUUAUCAGCUGGAAGAAUUGGAAGACAAGGAUAACUGCACGACUGAGCUUUUCCUGACGGAAGAUGGGCAAGUCGAGGUUGGCAAGACGGACGGGCCUGUUUGGACCGGGGCUAUUGGACGGUGGGCUGUGAUCCCGGGUUCCAACAAUUUCAAGAUGGGCAUCACCCGUCGUUACUCUGGCGGCCAAGGAAAUACAGACAUGGGAGAGUUUUCUUAUGAGCUUCAUAGAACCUUUACAGGUGAGAUGACCAGCGUUGGAGAUUCUGUUGGCAUCACGGGAGUCAUGACAAGCCACGAUGCCUACGGAAAUGAUUCCAUAGAAGUGGGAUUCUUCAACAUGAUUGAUGGAACUGAUGUUCGUAUGGACAGGAGACCGGAUGCCCGCACGGGUGUAUCACAAUCUUAA